UGCGUAUAUAAAUGAACUUGGUUAUACUGGUAGCAUGAACCAAAACUUGCUACAGUUCACAAUAUGGCUGCAAAACAAGUAGUCUUUCCAUUUUCUCUGAUAUUUGCUUUGGCAUUCAUCCCUUUACUUGUGUUUUCUGCACAAGCUGUUCCAUUAGAAAGGUUGAAUUCUUUAAAAGUUAUUAAAAGUGUGAAUAAAAAUGGCCCUUUUCUUGGUCUUGUCACAGUCUAUGCACCAGAAGAAGAAGCUUUCUUUAGUACUGGUGUCUUUAGGCCUGAUCCUAGACACCCCUUUGUUGAUUUAUCAGGUAGACGUUUCCAGAUUGGGAAGGUUGCAGGAAAGAAAGUCAUUUAUGUGAAAUGUGGAGUUGGAUUGGUGAAUGCAGCAGCAGCAACACAGCAGAUGUUGGAUCUGUUUGACAUAAAAGGAGUAAUCCAUUUUGGUAUUUCUGGUAAUGCCAACAGUUCUAUGCACAUUGGAGAUGUCACAAUCCCAUAUCAAGUUGCACAAACUGGGCUCUGGGAUUGGCUGAAACCAAAUGCAACUUUGGAACCAAAUGAUUUUGCUCAAUUUGAUUUCAAGAAUUAUAAUGCACCAAAAGGAGGGGAUAACAAGUUGGGGCGUGUUGGGUAUAGCACUGAGCAGUUUUAUUCAACUUCAGGGGAGGUUAAUGUACCUCAGAGACCAGUUUGGUUUAAUAUAACCAAGAAUUGGCUUCACGUAGCCUCUCACUUACAGGGGAUGAAACUGGAGCAGUGUGCAAAUUCAACUUUGUGUCUUCCCCAAAAGCCUAAAUUAGUUGUUGGACUUAAGGGGGCAACUUCAAACUUUUUCAUUGACAAUGCAGCUUACACAGAUUUCCUUUUCAAAACUUUUGGGGUUACAUCACUUGACAUGGAGAGCUCAGCUGUUGUAAUGACAUGCUUGUCAAAUGGCUACCCAGUUAUCGUAAUUCGUGGAGUAUCAGAUUUAGCAGGGACACAAGAAGGAGACAACACAAUUAGAUUAUUUGGACCUUUAGCUGCUCUAAACACAGCCAAAGUUGUUAUUAGUUUUGUCAAGUCACUUCCAGGAAACUAUAUUUCCAAAUUCUAGCAUGUUAAUAACAACUAGAAUAUUUCGUAAGACAGAUUUAGGACGAGAUUUGUGCGUCUAAUUGAAUUUACUAUCUUAGGUCGAACUAUGUAUGCAUAUGUGAAAAAUAUCCAAAUAUAUAUGUAUAAAAAGAUCACACUUAUUCGAUUCGAAA